GCUGAACUCCGAGAAGCUCCAGAAACAAGCUGUGCUCCUUCUUUUAUACCGGCCGGUUUAUUUCUAACUGCAGCUAGUAUGAGUACCUGAAUCCCCCACAGCAGGAUCUGGACUGAGGAGGACAAUGUUUGGGUCGUAGGACUGUCUCCUGCACUGACCAGGGGGGACUUUAUUCAUGUCCUGCUGCUUCUUCAUUGACCAAUCAACACAAUGGAGGUGUUGGAGGCCGUGUGACGUCUCACUGAGGAAUUCCCUGUCUGGUGAUCGGAUCUCUGGAUCAGCCAGGAAUUCUCGGCAAGGACUUUGCUCUCCUGGGUGUGACGAGGAGCAGAGACAUCACCCGGCUCACAGUCUGUCGGUGACACUCAAACAUGGAGACCAGCCAGCCUCUGAUGGACAUGUACCAGGGGGCGGUGCCCGGGUUUGGGGUGCCCAGCCACGGGUGGAGGAUCUGCCUGGCACACGAGUUUAAGGAGAAGAGUAAACCCUUCCAACUGGAGCACGUCUCCCCCUCCAAAAUCCUCCACCACCUACCUAUGGGCCUCAGGUACUUGAUGUGGUGGUGCCGCAAGACCUACGUAGAGAAGAAGGCUCCAUUCAUAGACAUGUUCAACGCCACGCCCCUCCGCCAGAUAUACGGAGCUCCUCUUGGUGGCAUCGGAGGAGGAACCAUCACCCGCAGCUGGUCUGGAGAGUUCUGCCGGUGGCAGCUGAUUCCGGGCCUGUACCACUACAAGACGGUGACAGAAAACCAGUUCACAGUGUGUGUCCGGCGUCGCGGUGAAACCGUCUACCAGCAAGUCUUAUCAUUGGAGCGCCCACAUACCCUGCAGGGCUGGAAUUGGGGCUACUGUGGCAACCAGGCCUUUUAUCACGCCUUGUACCCCCGAGCCUGGACCGUCUACCACCUUCCGGGACAGAACAUCACCCUGACCUGCCGACAGGUCUCGCCCAUCAUCCCGCAUGACUACAAGGACUCCUCGCUGCCGCUGGCCGCCUUUGUUUGGGAUGUGGAGAAUUCUGGCGAUGAAGAGGUUGAAGUGACCAUCAUGUUCACCAUGAGGAAUGGAAGCGGCACCAAGACGGACAAGGCCGGGGGCCAUUGGAAUGAGCCAUUCCAUCUCAGCAGAGAGGGGGAGACGGUGUCUGGUGUGCUUCUUCAUCACUGUACCGCUGUCAAUCCAUUCACUCUGGGCAUAGCCGUACGAGAGAGGCCCGGGACACACGUGUCCCACUGUACAGAGUUUGACCCCAACGGGAUGGGACAGGACAUUUGGAAAGACUUGCUGGAAGACGGACGUUUGAACUCCACCCCUAGCCCGAGUUCUCACACCGUGAAGGGGAAGAAGAUCGCAGCGGGUGUGGCAGGAGGAUGCUCGGUGAGCCCCGGGGGACGCAGGACCUUGGAAUUCUGCCUAUCCUGGGACAUGCCCCGGGUUCGCUUCGGUUCAGGACAGAGAGAGUACUGCCGGCGAUACACACGGUUUUUCGGCAGUCAGGGGAAUUCGGCGUCAGUUCUUUGUCAUUACGGUUUGUUCCACUAUGAGGAAUGGGAGCGGAGGAUGGAGGCCUGGCAAGACCCAAUCCUGACAGAUGAGCGGCUCCCAUCCUGGUACAAGUCGGCGUUGUUCAAUGAAUUGUAUUUUGUGGCGGACGGCGGGACGGUGUGGUUGGAGGUCCCGGCGGACAGCUCUGAGGACGACGAUCUGAUGAAGAUUGGAGAGAAGGAGAUCCCCGGCAUGAAAAGUCUCCUGGAGGAGUACGGGCGAUUCGCCUACCUGGAGGGUCAGGAGUAUCGGAUGUAUAACACCUACGACGUUCACUUCUACGCCUCGUUUGCACUCGUCAUGCUGUGGCCGCAGUUGGAGCUCAGUCUGCAGUAUGAUAUGGCGGCGGCGGUUCUCCAGCAGGAUCUGGAGCAGAGACGCUAUUUAAUGAGCGGGACUCUGGCUCCUGUGAAGAUAAGAAAUGUGGUCCCACAUGAUGUUGGUGACCCGGACGAUGAGCCGUGGCAGAGACUCAACGCCUACAUCAUCCAUGACACUGCCGACUGGAAGGACCUGAAUCUCAAAUUUGUGCUGCAAGUGUAUAGAGACUAUCACCUGACCAGAAGCUCCUCCUACCUGCAAGACAUGUGGCCCAUCUGCCAGGCAGUCAUGGAGUCGUCUCUGAGAUUCGAUCAGGAUGGCGAUGGUCUGAUCGAGAACUCCGGCAUCGCUGACCAGACGUACGAUGGUUGGGUGAUGACAGGACCAAGCUCGUACUGUGGGGGUCUUUGGCUGGCAGCGGUGUGUAUGAUGUGUCAGAUGGCGGAUCUCCUGGGUGACACCUCCGCCUACAAUAAGUUCUCCGAUAUUCUCAGCCGGGGAAAAGAAGCCUUUGAGAAGCUGCUGUGGAAUGGAAAGUAUUAUAACUACGACUGCGGGGAUCAGACUUACUAUAACAGCAUCAUGUCAGACCAGUGCGCUGGCCAUUGGUUCCUCCGGGCGUGCGGCCUGGGCUGUGGACAGACUGAGGUCUUCCCCAGCGCACACGUGGUCAGCUCCCUGAAGACAAUCUAUGAAUUGAAUGUGAAGCAGUUUGCAGACGGACAGAUGGGUGCAGUGAACGGGAUGCGCCCGGACGGCAGUGUGGAUACCUCCAGCGUACAGUCGGAUGAGGUGUGGAUCGGGGUGGUGUACGGACUGGCGGCUACCAUGAUACACGAGGGACUCCUGGAGGAAGGCUUGACGACGGCAGAAGGAUGUUACCGUACGGUGUGGGAGCGGCUGGGAAUGUCCUUCCAGACUCCGGAAGCGUACGGUGAGAAGAAUGUCUUCCGCUCUCUGGCAUACAUGCGUCCGCUCAGUAUUUGGGCCAUGCAGCUGGCAUUGGAUGGACAGGCUCGGGGGUGUCCUGCAAGCACCAAUGAGGAAGGACAGCAAAAAAGCCAAUAACUGUGCCCGCCUCCAGCGAACCCUUUAGAUGAAGAGAGGAGGACUCCAGACUAUGAGAUCAUAGAGACUCCUCCCCCAAUAUUAGUCCUCCAUACUGUAUUAACAUCC